AUUGAGGUUCUGAACGUAUUUCUAUUCUCUACUGAGAAUUGGGUUCGACCUCGUUCAUAAUGGAAGUUUAUCAAAAAGGAAUUUUCGAGGAAGGGCUGGAGUUGUUCAUGAGAAAAGGGAUUCAAGUAUCUUUAAUAGGGGAUCCUUCGAAGUUACAGAUUUCAUUAUGGAUAACAAAGACAGUAGAAGCUACUAAGAACAACUCAAGACUUCAUUUUAUCCUGGCAAUCAACCACAGCGGAAGAGAGGACAUUGUACAAGCAUGUCAAAGUAUUUGUCGCAGAGUAAUGGAUAACUUGAUCAGAGUAGAAGACAUCGAUGAAACCAUAUUUAGCCAACAACUUGAAACAAAUUGUACUGAAUUCCCUUACCCCGAUUUACUCAUCAGGACUAGCGGUGAGCAGCGGAUUAGUAAUUUCUUAAUGUGGCAAUUAGCAUACACUGAACUUUAUUUUGAGGAAUGUAUGUGGCCUGAUUUUGGCGAGAAAGAAUUUGUCAAGGCGUUGCUCUCAUUUCAAGGAAGACACAGACGAUACGGAGGGCAAGAUUAAAAGAAAUUAGAAGAAGACAGGAAUUUGGAACCAAUCUACAUGACAGUUUCAUUUGCAAGCUUAAGAACUAAUUGGUUAGCCCGUUAGAGAAAGUGAAAUUAGAGGGUCUAUCAUUUUCUGUUUUUUAGUCUGUUUGUCUAAAUGCAAUCCAAUAUGUGUACCCUCUGCGCGUCUGUGUCUGGUCUCUGCAAAAAUGAUGGUGACCUUUAGGAUUCUUGCACUUCUCUGUGACAUUCCUAAUGGGGAAACAAUUAAGC